CACCGUUUGAAAUGUCACUGGAAAGUUCGCUUUACAGCUGAGACCUUAGAGUAUAGCCUACUAACGCAGGAAAUAACAAAUAGGAAAACUUCGGUUACCAUGUCUCUCCUCUGUGUGAGAGUUAAAAAAGCCAAACUUCAAGGACCUCCAGAUAAAUUCAAUGCCUAUGUGACGCUGAAGGUGCAAAAUGUGAAGAGCACGACCAUCAACGUGCGAGGAGACCAGCCAUGCUGGGAGCAGGACUUCAUGUUUGAGAUCAGUCAGAUGGACCUAGGCCUCAUUGUGGAGGUGUGGAACAAAGGUCUCAUCUGGGACACCCUGUUGGGAACAGCCUGGAUCCCACUCAAAAGCAUUCGCCAUUCAGAGGAGGAGGGCCCUGGCGAGUGGACAUUCCUGGACUCUGAAGUUCUGAUGAAGGCAUAUGAGAUAUAUGGGACUAAAAAUCCAACACAACAUAAAGUUCUGCUGGAUACUCGCUUUGAGCUGCCGUUCGAAAUCCCAGAGGACGAGGCUCGAUACUGGACUGGCAAACUGGAAUGCAUCAAUUCUAUGGGCAUGCAUGAUGAGGAUGAAGUAGCGGGACGCCCACUGCCAUGCGCUGCCUCUCAGUGCUCUUUGGAUGACCUGGACAGUGCUGUGGAUGAUAGGGACAGUGACUACAAGAGUGAGACGAGUAGUGGUUUGCCUCCCCGCUACCACACCACAGCCCAGCCCAACUCCUCACUGCACCAGUAUUCCAUGGGACCACGCUUCCAGCAGCACAUGGACUCAUGUGCUGACUCUUUGCACAGCUUUGAAUUUGACUAUAGAGACCACCAUGCAAGCAGCCCUGUGGACUCCAGUCGCUUUGGAUCUUCUGGGAACCUCAGCCAAGCUAGUUCUCAGCUCAGUGAGGCUGGUCAAGAGAACACUGCCUGUUCAGAAUUGGAGGAGUCCUACCAUUCCUACCACAGUACAGGCUAUCGGCCAUCCAGAAAUGGGCAUCACCCUGUCAAUGGACAAAAUUCCUGGGGGGAGCAUGAUGGACUAAAAUCCUCCCAAGAAAAUGUAAGGAGUCUAGGCAGUAGCAUAAAAAAGGAAGUGGUUUCUCAAGUGGACAAAACAACUGAUAAAUCUAUCAAAAGCUUACGGGAUGCUACACGAUCACCUUCGCCGUUCUGUUCAUCUAGAGUGCGCUGGCUGAAGGCAAUCAACAAAGUGAGAAUUCAGCUUAAGGAGGGCAAAGAAAAUGGAGAUAAUUCCAGACAUGCUUGGAUUAAAGCUGGAAAUGGGAGUGGAAUAUUUGGAAUUGACAGUAUGCCAGAUCUGCGGAAGAAGAAAGCCAUUCCCUUGGUUAGCGACGUGUCUCUGGUUCAGGCCAGGAAGGCAGGUAUUGCAUCUGCGAUGGCCUCGCGCUCCUCCAUAAAAGAUGAGGAACUGAAGAAUCAUGUGUAUAAGAAAACACUACAAGCUUUAAUCUACCCCAUUUCCUGUACCACGCCUCAUAACUUUGAGGUGUGGACAGCCACCACACCCACCUACUGCUAUGAGUGUGAGGGGCUUCUGUGGGGCAUUGCGCGGCAGGGCAUGCGCUGCACCGAAUGUGGCGUCAAGUGUCAUGAGAAGUGCCAAGAGCUGCUGAAUGCAGACUGCUUGCAGCGAGCGGCUGAGAAAAGCUCUAAGCAUGGUGCUGAUGAUCGUACUCAGAACAUCAUCAUGGCAAUGAAGGAUCGCAUGAAGAUCCGUGAGAGGAACAAACCUGAGAUUUUUGAAGUCAUCAGAGAUGUGUUUGUCGUCAGCAAGGCUAUUCAUGCUCAGCAGAUGAAGACAAUAAAGCAAAGCGUGCUGGAUGGAACCUCCAAGUGGUCAGCCAAGAUCACCAUAACAGUUGUUUGCGCUCAGGGCCUGCAGGCGAAAGAUAAGACUGGUUCCAGUGACCCCUACGUGACCGUCCAGGUUGGUAAAACCAAGAAGAGAACCAAGACUAUCUAUGGUAACCUCAACCCUGUCUGGGAGGAGAAAUUUCAUUUUGAAUGCCACAACUCCUCUGACCGCAUCAAAGUGCGUGUUUGGGACGAAGAUGAUGACAUAAAGUCCAGAGUGAAGCAGCGUCUGAAGAGAGAAUCUGAUGACUUCCUGGGUCAAAGUAUCAUUGAAGUGCGCACACUGAGUGGAGAAAUGGAUGUCUGGUACAACCUGGAGAAAAGAACAGACAAGUCUGCCGUCUCUGGUGCCAUCCGUCUUCAGAUCAAUGUGGAAAUUAAGGGUGAAGAGAAAGUGGCUCCUUACCAUGUCCAGUACACCUGUCUACAUGAGAACCUCUUUCACCACAUCACCGAUGUACUUGGUCAGGGUGCUGUGAAGAUCCCAGAUGCCCGUGGUGAUGAUGCGUGGAAGGUCUACUUUGAUGAUGUGGCGCAAGAGAUUGUGGAUGAGUUUGCAAUGCGCUAUGGGAUUGAAUCCAUCUACCAGGCCAUGACGCACUUUGCAUGUCUCUCAUCUAAGUAUAUGUGUCCCGGGGUCCCUGCUGUGAUGAGCACACUGCUGGCCAACAUCAACGCCUACUACGCCCACACAACUGCAUCCACCAAUGUCUCUGCUAGCGAUAGAUUUUCUGCAUCCAACUUUGGGAAAGAACGGUUUGUCAAGCUGUUGGAUCAGCUGCACAAUUCCCUGCGCAUUGAUCUCUCUAUGUAUCGAAACAACUUCCCUGCAAGCAGUAAAGAGCGUCUACAAGAUCUCAAAUCUACUGUGGACCUUUUGACCAGCAUCACCUUCUUCAGAAUGAAGGUCCAGGAACUGCAAAGUCCGCCGAGAGCCAGUCACGUUGUGCGAGACUGUGUGAAGGCCUGCCUCAACUCCACAUACGACUACAUCUUCAACAACUGUCAAGAGUUGUACAGUCGCCAAUACUCUCAGAUUGGAGACACGAAUAAGGAAGAGUGCACCCCAGAAGAUCAGGGCCCGAGCAUCAAGAACUUGGACUUCUGGCCCAAACUCAUUACCCUUAUAGUAUCUAUCAUAGAGGAGGACCGUAACUCUUACACUCCUGUGUUGAACCAGUUUCCUCAGGAACUAAACGUUGGGAAGUUGAGCGCUGAGGUCAUGUGGAAUCAGUUCUCUCAGGAUAUGAAAUAUGCCAUGGAAGAACAUGAGAAACACAGACUGUGUAAGAGUGCAGACUACAUGAAUCUGCACUUCAAGGUCAAAUGGCUCUAUAAUGAAUAUGUAAAGGAUCUGCCAGCCUUCAAGGGAGUUGUGCCAGAAUACCCCAUCUGGUUCCAGCAGUUCGUCCUGCAGUGGUUGCAUGAGAAUGACGAUGUGUCCAUGGAGUUCAUGCAUGGAGCCUUGGAGAGAGAUAAAAAAGAUGGAUUUCAACAGACAUCAGAGCAUGCUCUCUUCUCCUGUUCGGUGGUGGACGUCUUCACCCAGCUCAACCAGAGCUUUGAGAUCAUCAAAAAACUGGAGUGUCCCGACCUCAAAGUCAUGGCCCUCUACAGCCGCCGCUUUGCCAAGACCAUUGAUAAAGUUCUCCUACAGUACAGUGCCAUUUUGAAGAAGAACUUUCCAGCCUGUUGUGAUAAAGAGAAGAUUCCAUGCAUCUUGAUGAAUAAUAUCCAGCAGUUGCGUGUCCAGCUUGAGAAGAUGUUUGAAUCAAUGGGUGCUAAACAGUUGGACACAGAGGCCAGUGAUGUCCUGAAUGAUCUGCAGGUCAAGCUGAAUAACGUCCUGGAUGAGCUGAGCAGCACCUUUGGAAACACUUUUCAGACUCGGAUUGAUGACUGCAUGCGUCAGAUGGCCAGUCUGCUGAACCAGAUCAAGGGUCCCGUUAAUGCCAACAGCCGCAACCAGGUGGAGGCCGAUUCUGACAACAUGCUGCGGCCACUGAUGGACUUCCUUGAUGCAAAUCUGAUGCUGUUUGCAUCGGUGUGUGAGAAGACGGUGCUCAAGAGAGUGCUGAAGGAGCUGUGGAGGAUCGUAAUGAACAGUCUUGAGAAAAACAUAAUCCUUCCUCAAGGCAACGACACCUUUGGGAUGAUCUUUUCAGCAGCUAAAGAACUGGGUCAGUUCUCCAAACUCAAGGAUCACAUGUCUGGUGAUGCCAAAAGCCUGACGCCCAAGCAGUGUGCAGUCAUGGAUGUGGCUCUUGACACCAUAAAGCAAUACUUCCACGCUGGUGGCAAUGGUUUGAAAAAGGCCUUCUUGGAGAAGAGUCCAGAACUGUCGUCACUGCGACACGCGCUGUCGCUCUACACACAGACCACAGACACGCUCAUCAAGACUUUUGUUACAACUCAGCAUGCUCAGGUGCAUAAUGGGAAGGGUAUGAGGAUAACACCUAGUGAGAAAAUACAGCCCUCCAGGGGCUCUGGUGUUGAUAAAUCAGUAGGUGAAGUAUCGAUUCAGAUCGACCUCUUCACUCACCCAGGCACCGGAGAGCACAAGGUUACAGUUAAAGUUGUGGCAGCUAAUGAUCUGAAGUGGCAGACAUCUGGAAUGUUCCGACCAUUUGUGGAGGUCACCAUGAUCGGCCCUCAUCUUAGUGACAAGAAACGUAAAUUUGCCACCAAAUCCAAGAACAACAGCUGGGCGCCCAAAUUCAACGAGACCUUCCAUUUUAUUCUUGGAAAUGAGGAUGGUCCGGAGUGUUAUGAGCUACAAGUAUGUGUGAAAGACUACUGCUUCGGCCGUGCAGACCGUGUAGUUGGCAUCGCUGUCAUUCAGUUGCGUGACGUCGCGCCGAAAGCCAGCUGUGCCUGCUGGUGUCCGCUGGGCCCACAGGUACACAUCGACGACACAGGUCUCACCGUCAUGCGCAUCCUCUCCCAGCGCUCAGGUGAUGAGGUGGCCAAAGAGUUCGUCAAACUCAAAUCCGAGACUCGCUCAGCUGAGGAGGGGAGGUGAGAACGCUCCCUAAUGGCAGAAGACGAUCUAGGACUCUUGCAAUUUUGUGAAAAAGUACAUACUUUGGUGUAAAUUGGCUGGAUUGUAAUUCUGUCACCUUUUAUUGUCAAAAAUAACGUUUUUCUGGCUACUCAUGCCCACCUCAGUCCAACACAGAAGAGUUGUUGGUGGCACAAGAGAGGUCAUUUGACAUUUUCGAGAGGGCACUGUUAGUUUUGGAUGUUGCAGAACCUCACCGCAUCGUUCACUACACUGCCAUUUCGACAGAGGAGGGUGGCCUUUUCACUUUGAAAACAAUGAACACUUAUUCUUUUUUUCACUGAGAAACACUCACACACAGUGACUAACAAGCUGCAAUGGUCCUUAAUCAGGUUAGAUUCUAUAUUAAGUUUGACGCAAAUUAAAACAAGGCUGUGAGUAAUAGACAGUUCCAUCCGUAUAGUCUAUUUAAUGGACUUACUGUGUUUAGGUUGUAGGUCACAUUUAGGUUGUAACACACAAGAGUUUUACAACCCAUGUUACCAUUAAUUCUUAUAGGUUUUUGUCAAUUGGAUAUAUUUGAGAGAAUCUUACAAAAACAUGCCCAAGUCACAUUUCACCCCAAAUAAUUUAUAGAAAUAUAUGUUUUUAACAUCUAUAAAAUUAAGCCUAUUUUUAGAGCCAUUAUGAUUUUUUUUGCAUUGCAACAAUUUAUUUUGUUUUUGUUAAUUUCAUGACAAUUAGGCAAUUUUCCCCAUCAAAUCCUCAUUACCAUAAUGCUACUGGAUGUUUUAAUUUUGCAUUGAUUUAUCCACCAUUAAUUUUCCCAUAAUUUCCCCUUUUUUUAUAUAUAUAUAUUUGUGUUUGUUUAGUGGGAUUCGCCCAAUGAUUCAAUCAUUUUCAAAUAAGUUUUUCAUCAUUCAUCGUAUUGAAAAUUCUGUGCCUCUAUGCCUUUCAGCCUAAUUUUCAUUUGCAUCAAAUUAAAUAUGGCAUCUACUCUGCCAAUGAUCACUGUUAAUAAUGUUAGACUUUGAGAUUUGACCUCCACUUGGUGGCGCUAUGAAUGUGUUCAGUUCAGUAGCAUCUAUUGUAAAGUACACUGAAUCCACUUAAUGUUUGUGCACUUUUUUUUUUCUCUGUAAUCCCUUUUCACCAUGUGUUUGUUGCCUUAUUGUGUUGAUGCUGUGAAUGUGUCAAUUUGAAGAGAAAUGUAAAUAUAAUGAUUGUGAUUGUUUGGCCCCUAUGUUUUUAACAUCCGAGGGGCCAAAAACUAUCACUUGAUGUUGUGGAGUGUUUCGUUGCAUGAAUGAAGAUCCAGUAACUCACACUGUAUACAUUUCAUAUGCCAUUUCCAACCAGGUCACAUGUCAUGUGUUUUUUUUUAUAGGUUACCAUUCAUUCUUAUAGGUUAUCUCCAUUAUGGUUACCAUUCAUUUUAAAUGUAGCAUGGUCCUUCAGCCACCCUGAGACCAGUUCAACUAGCAGGUGGGAGAAAAACAAGCUUAAGUUCAUUUAUACGCAUGCCUCAUCGCCAAUGGUGGAUUUCUUUCCUAUGAGAAUAUAUCACAAUCAUUUGUAGCAUUAUCGGACAGUAUUGAAGCUAUAAUUAUUAUUAUUCAUCUACGUAGCAUUGUUUAAAUGUGUGAAUGAUUUAAUGGGCUGUUAUGUAAUAUUUUUGGAUACUUUAUAUUUAAACUGUAUGCUCACUGGAAGGGCGGUUUAAUCGUACAGUAGUAAAAUGUGAAAAUGGCAUUAACAGAUGUUUAAAAAAAGAAUAUCUAAUAAAUAUGAUCAAGUCUAUUGAGGUCACUGAUUAAAGAUAAUAGUGACUAAAUGUGUUUCAUUUCAAAGCGGCCUUAUUUCAUUAGUUCAGAUUUCUAUUUAAAUUAUUUUAAACUCUAUUAUUUUUCCGUUUAAGACUUGUGAUUGAUUUAUUCUGUGAAGUCUUGUAAUUCCGAUUGUUCAUUUUGUUUAACAGGUUUUUCUUCUUUUAAAAGGGGUUCUGAUGACUGUCCCUCCAUCUAAAUAUUUUUUUUUCUAAUUUUCAAUUGAUAAAUUUUGUACUAUGUUAUCUUUUUUUCAUAAACACUCAAACUGCAAAAACUAAGUUGGAAAAAUGAAGAUAUCAUACAGAAUUUGUUCUCUCGUUUGGUACCUGUGCAAAAAGUCUCACCUCGUAAAUCUAAAAUUCAUUGUAAAAAUAUAUUUUUCACAGAAAACACUGACAAUGUUUAAAAUGUAUGUUGAAAUUGCCAAUCAUGAUUCUUAUAUUAUAACCUUUUUGUCACUUUAUAUACUGUUGAGUACUGUUAUCAUUGUUCUAUAGGAGGGAACUAUCACUCUUUGUAAUAUAUUUGUUACUUGUGCCAACUUGUGGAAGUUUUUUUAUUUGUAAUUUGUUUUUAUAUCCAAAUGAACCCCUUAACAAAUACUUGUAAAGAUCUGGCAUGUGCGGAACUGAAUGAAGUUUUCUUGGUAUUGUCACGGAUAAAGAAAAUUGUGUUCUUAAAAUGUUUGUUUGCACACUCCAACAAAUUAUUUUAUACAUAAAGUAUC